AGCACCGUUGGGGUCAUGUGCCUGCCGUUGGUGGUGCAGCCGCCGUUUUUGCUUUGCGGCUAACUGGAGCGUGGUGGACUAGGUGCACACAGUGACACACAAACACAAACUCCUUCCAAGUAGCAGUGCCACUUGUUAAAAAAUUCAGCCGCCGCGUUUAGAGUUAUGUGUCCCCAGGUGUUCGUAAACACCUCUCGCGCCGCAGACAAAAAGGAGGACGCCGCCGCCGCUGCCGCAGCCACCCUCGCCGACCCGAUGCAAAAUUGAACAGACGCCAUUUAGAAAAGAGGAAGCAGAGAUCGGUCUGUCUGGAGAGGAAAACCACGCGGGCAAAAUGCAGCAUAAUGGCGCCAUGUUGGAGUUCAUGACCCUUCGCGCCUCAACCAACCCCUUCUGCUCUUUUAAUAUUUCCCAGCGAGGAGGACAAAUUGUUUGAAGAAGAAAAAGCAGCUCCGUUUUUUUACAACCUACUAACCGGACGUUAUAUUGCACCAAAGACGGACUUGUUUAUUAUUACGGCCUAAUAAUAAUAAGAACACGCUGCAGGGAGAUGUUUACGGUCCGAGGAAGAUUUUUGCAGCCGGAGUAAUAAAGUUCGCAAUAAUUUUCACGCACUUAAUGCUGGAGGGCGAUGAGUCUUAGAGGAUGCGAGUGGAAGGGUUUCAGGCGGCGCUCGGCCUCCUCCUCGUGGUGGGCGCCCUCACGGUGUCGGGGGCCGGUGGAGGCGGCGCCGACGACGGCGUCGCGGCGCCGGGCGGCGGCCGCUACAGCACCAGACUCGUUCGCACCCGCUACGGACACUUGCGAGGCGUCAUUACGCUCACGACCCGGGCCAAAGCCCCCAGGGAGGUCGAGGCCUUUCUCGGAGUGCCGUACGCGACGCCGCCGGUAGCGAGUCUUAGGUACAUGCCACCGUUGACCCCAUCGCGGUGGCGGGGGCCCAAGAUGGCUGACGUGGCGUCACCCGCGUGCCCCCAGGCGUCCCCAGAAGUGACCAUCUCUUCGCCGGAAGCGCUGCUGCACCUGCCCAGGGGCCGCGUGACCCUGAUGCGGAAGCUGCUGCCAAUGCUGGCCAACUUCAGCGAGGACUGCCUUUACCUCAACCUUUUCAUCCCGCGUCCAGAGGGACUGGACUCGCCGCCGUCACCCCUGCCCAUUUUGGUGCUCGUCCACGGCGACUCCUACGAAUGGGGCUCGUCAGCCACCAUGGACGGAUCCGCCUUGGCGGCGCACGCCAACGUCGCCGUAGUCACCCUCAACUACCGCCUUGGAAUAUUAGGUUUCCUUAAAACCGGCCCCAAGGGCAGCGUGCAAGGCAACUUUGGCCUUAUGGACAUUGUGGCCGCCCUUCAUUGGCUCAGAGAAAAUGCAGCUGCUUUUGGUGCAGACCCUGAACGCAUCACGUUAUUCGGCCACACGACUGGGGCAGCCCUCGUCCAUCUUUUGGCAAUGUCUCCUUCAGCCAAGGGUCUAUUUUCGCGUAUUGUUCUAUCAAGCGGCUCGGCGUUAAGUCCGUGGGCGCUUCAGACGGAUCCAUUUUUUAUAAAGAGACGAGUGGCAGAGCACACAGGUUGUCAUGGUGACCUCGAGGAGGAGGACAUCGCGCCCUGCCUCCGCAACCUGCCCCUCGAAAAACUGCUGCAAACGAGGCCUGGUCCUCCCAGAUUUCUCCCAGGGUUUGCACCUUUUGUUGAUGGUGGCGCCCUGGUUCCACUUCACCCUGCAGCUGCCAUGGGCAUGUCAACCCUCGCCAUGGGCUCUGUUGGUUUGUCAUGGGAGGACGUGAAGCAGACUGGCCCAUCAACCCCGUCACAAUCCUUCAUAGACACUGAUGUUCUUUUAGUUGUUACGUCGGUGGAGGCAUACGAGGAGCUGAGCGCCCAGGACCUCGAGUUCGGACUGAACGAGACGAGGCGAGACCGUCUCCUGCGAACCCUCGUGCGAAACGUUUUCCGCUGGCACCUUAAUGAGAUUUUCUCCGCGCUACGCAACGAGUACACUGACUGGGAGCGAGCAGCUGGACUCGCUCAUAAUCCCUUGGGGGUGCGGGACGCCGCCCUUGCUGUUUUGGGGGACGGGCUGACCGUGGCCCCGAUUUCCAGAGUUGCCUCCCUUCACUCCUCGGGCCAAGGCACCGGCAACACCUAUUUUGCUCACAUUUUACCAGGAGACUCGAUACCAAUUAGAGAUUUUCCCCAACGUCCAGGUAGUGUAAGAGGAGAAGACAUAGCGUACUGGUUAGCCCAGCCACUGCUGCCCCCGAGCUGGCCCGGACUGCUGACAGACAAGACCAAUUACACGCAGCAGGAUGCGCAGAUGUCCAAGGCUUGUGUUCAUUACUUAGGCAAUUUCAUUAGAUCAGGUGACCCCAACAGUCGUACAGAAAGCUCACCAGACGAAGAGCGGAAACGACAACUCGGGUCGCCACAUUCACACCAGGGCCCUUUUCCAUACUGGGACAAGUUUGACAGCGUCAACCAGUUCUAUCUAGAUCUGGGUGCCCAUCCUCACAUAAGAAACCAUUACAGAGGUCACAAAUUGUCACUGUGGUUGCAUUUGAUCCCGCAGCUGCACAGGCCGGGCGCCGGUGACGCUGGCUCCAGGCACCACCACUUUCUUGAAGAUGGGCCUCAGUUCUAUGAUGGCAUUGUUCGACCGCAGUCGGCAUUUUACCCUUCACGCUUCCCUCCACUGCCAGCGGCGCCGUCGCCAUCGCCCCAAUCGCCCGCCCCCGCCACCCCGUCAAUGACGACCACGGAGUGCCCGCCGUCGCCACCCCCGCUCGCCCCCCUGUCACCGCCGAAUAGCACCUUCGUCACCAACCCCUCACAACAGCAGCCCCCGAACACCAACAAUAACAACAACAAUGGCGUCAACUUCAUCAACGGCCCGAGUUCAAUGUCGACGGCUCUGAUCGUGACGGUCACCGUCGGCUGCUCCCUGCUGCUGCUCAACCUGCUCAUCUUCGCCGGCAUUUACCGCCACCACCACCGACGCAGCACACGCCACCGACGCGAGGGCGGCGGCGCCAAGUCGCGGCGCCACCGCCACUCGGGCGGCGCCUCCUCUCCGGUGGCCUCCUGUUCGAAAGAUUCGCCGCCAAUGGUCAUUCCGGCGCCGCCGCCUCCACCCAAGAACUUGCCACCUCCGGACAUCACCCCCUACCUGCCCCCAGGGGCUCUCUGCCACCCCGGACCGGCCAGCGGAGGCAUCUUGCGCAACAACCCCGUCAACUCAGGGCCUUCGUCAACCCCCUCGACGCCGGGCACCGCGAAAAAACGAGUGCACAUUCUUGAGAUUUCCGUGUGAAUAAACUAUAAAUAAUAAUGUGUUGCACCAAUACAUUGAUUCAAAAGCAAUUUUUAAACUUUGCUGUGAAAGCUCUAGAGCUUGUAUUGUGUAUGUGUGUAUUUUGGCAAAUUUCCUACAACACCAUCAUCGGGGGGAUCAUAAACCUUUUUUUAUUCAGAUUUUCUAAAAAUUAUUAUAUCUCUGAAGUCUGAUGCGAUAUAAUUGUUUUUAAUUUCUAGGGCCAUUCAUUAGACUCUUUUUUUUUAAAUUCUCAUUCACAUUUAAUUGAAUUAUUUUUAUCAAUUCUUUCCCUUUCAAUUCACCCAGGAUUUAUUAGGGUUAUAUUAAACACAUUUUUAAAGCGUAUAAUUGUAAUAUUUUGCUAAAUAAAAGUGGAUGGUCAUAAUCAUAAAUUUUUAUUUUUCCUUCAUUGCUGCAUAAUUGCCUUAAUCGGCUUAUCAGAGUUGAUUACUUCGAUUUGUUUUGUAAUUGGGAGCAAUUAUCAGUGGAACAUGUGAAAUAUGUGAAAAUUUUUCAGCCGUUCACUUUUCCUUGUUUGGAAAUUGAUAAUCCAGACAAAAUUACGUGAACUAUUGCUUGCUUUGCUAUUUGCUCCAAAAAAAAUUAUUUAUGAAAAGCAAUUUUUUUAAUGUUUAUGUUUUUUAUCAAUUGGUAAUUUUUUUCCUUGGUGGCUCAAAGUUUAAACUACAUCCAUCAUAAUUCAGGGAUAAACUGAUCACGAUCACAUCAUAAUCUUUUGUCCAGUGUCAAAAUUUUCUGCAAUACAAUCGUUAUCAUCUACCAAAUGUCAUCAAGAUUCUUUCAAGAGUUGGUUGAUUUUUUUGAAGUAUUUUCAGCAUCAUCUAACACACAUCCACAUCUCUUUGUCAAACAUAUAUGGACAUGGUGAGUACGUCUGACAAUUACAAAUCAGUGAUUUUACGGAUUUUACAAUGUUUGUAAGUGGAAUGAAGGUGGUGAAACUGGACUUCCAAGCAAACUUCUGUGUCCGAAGUGGAACCUUUGCCAAAAUAGUGCGAAAUCGGCCAUGCAAGUGGAUUAUAAAAAUUAUAAAGUUGUUACACACUCACUAUCGUUUGUUAAUGUACACACAAAUCGGAAGAGGUUAUUAAAAAUUAGAAUGUUUCCUGUACAAAAUUUUAAUGGAAAAAAAUGUUGUGUUGUUGAAGAAGAAUUCAAUGUGUAUCCACAUCAACGCGUGAAGCAAAAUUUGCUGACUGUUUUCUUCCAAUAGAGUUUUAAGUGGCAAUGUGAGGAAAAAAGGUGAUUUGCACGAGGGAACGUAUGGGGGCUACUAAUGAGCAGAUUUUUCACAAACCAGAAGCAUUUUGUCUGCCAGGAGAGAGUGCAGUUCACAUUUCCUUGUACAAAAGAGAAAGAGCCUAUAUUCCCCUGUUAUACAUUACAAGUCCAAAAGAUAUUAAAACACACACCUUGCAAAAUUAGAUUUCCCUGACCCAUAAUGUCUGGAACCCAAGUGUAUAAAUUGAGAGAAAAUAAAAUUCAGAA